AUGCCCGCUUUGGACGUUCAGAGCUGGCAGCUGGCCUGCCCAUCGGGCUUGCUGUGCGAGGGCAGCGGUCUUGCUGCGCCCAGCGGUUGGCCUUCCUUCUAUGAUGUGAUCAGUCCUGAUGCAAUUACUUUCAAUGAUGAUUUCUCCUACGGGAUGCAUCGGAUUGAAAUAUCCUGCAGUCAGUGUGGUGCUCACCUGGGGCAUAUUUUUGACGAUGGACCUCGCCCAACUGGCAAACGGUACUGCACAAACUCUGCUUCGUUAUCUUUCAAGCCAGCAGACAAGAACAACGCCGGAGAAGGCAGCGGUAACACCAGUCCUGCCCAAACAGGCAAAGCUGAGCUGUAG